AUGGCAGCCCCCACACCGCGGGGUUUGUAUUGUUUAUCCAAAGCCUUAGGAUGGUGGUCUCGGCAGCCUGUCCUGGUGACUCAGUCCACAGUUGUAGUUCCAGUGAGAACUAAAAAACGUUUCACACCUCCUACUUAUGAACCCAAAUACAAAUCAGAAAAGGAGUUUAUGGAAUAUGCCCGGAAAGCAGGACUGGUCAUGCCUCCAGAACGUUUGGAGCGUCCACUACAUCUGGCCUGUACAGCUGGUAUCUUUGAUGCCUAUGUUCCUCCAGAGGGUGAUGCUUGCUUGUCAUCUCUUGCAAAGGAAGGACUAGCACAGAGAAGUGAACAACUGAAGAAGAAGGUGGCAUCACAAUUGUCAAUCCGGAAGAUAAGAGAACAUGAUCCUAAUUUUAAAAUAAAGGACUUCCCCGAAAAAGCUAAGGAUAUUUUUAUUGAAGCUCACCUUUGUCUAAACAACUCAGACCAUGACCGGCUUCAUACCUUGGUAACUGAAAACUGUUUUCCGGACAUGGUCUGGGACAUCAAGUAUAAGACAGUCCGCUGGAGCUUUGUAGAAUCUUUAGAGCCACCCCAGGUGGUUCAGGUUCGCUGUUCAAAUCUGCUGAACCAGGGCAACAUAUACGGCCAGGUCACUGUCCGCAUGCACACCCGACAGACUCUAGCCAUCUAUGACCAGUUUGGCCGGCUAAUGUAUGGACAGGAAGAUGUGCCCAGGGAUGUCCUGGAGUAUGUUGUGUUUGAAAAGCACCUGGUAAAUCCCUAUGGGAGCUGGAGAAUGCAUGGCAAGAUCACCCCUCCAUGGGCACCCCAUAAGCAGCCCAUCCUUAAGACAGUGAUGAUCCCUGGGCCCCAGCUGAAACCCUGGGAAGACUAUGAAGAGCCACAAGGAGAGGCCCAUAAACUUUAG